GAAUCCCGAGGCAUCCCAAGGCAUUCGGCCUGACUUUCUGCUUUCAAAACAAGUGGUUUAUAACGUAAACCAAUCAAACAGGUAGGCCAGUCACGUCGUACGCCAAUCAACAGUGAGAUUGACCUUGAGCGAGGUGCGUUGAGAAAGAAAGUUUGUGGCAAACAAAGUACUGGCUCAGGCGCUAUGUAAUGUUAAAAAGAAGAAAAAACUAGUAGAAUGGACUAGGGAUCGCUCUAAAACUAAAACAAACACCAGAGCACAAUUCGGAAAGUGGCAAGACCGCGGAAUCGAGUGCUGAAGCCGGACGCUGAGCUCCCAUUGCUUCUUCUGGACCGAAAGUGAAAUGGAAUGCACACAAAAACAAAGGAACACCUUGGUCAGCUCACAGCGUGAUUUAAACCUUAAAGUCCUGGGAAGCAGCUGGACCCUAACGUGGCGGGAGAGCCGCGGUCCCGGGAGGACGUCCCGGCGUGGCGGAGAAGGCUAAUAAAACAGAGCCGAGCCGGGGGUCUGGAAUUCUGUGGGAAGGAGGCACUGUGGAAUACCGGGGUCCGGAAUUCUGUGGGAAGGAGGCACUGUGGAAUAUCGGGGUCCGGAAUUCUGCGGGAAGAAGGCAGUGUCACAUUUCCAUGCGGAAGUCCAGGAGCAUGCUUUGCUGGUGGAAGUGGGAAAAACAGCCUCAGAUGACCCAAGAACAGUGCACUCACAGGAACAAUGUCCAGAGCUCAGAGAAACCGCACGUGUACAGAGUGGGGAUUUACGGAUGGCGGAAGCGUUGUCUUUACUUCUUCGUUCUCCUCCUCAUGUUCCUGAUUCUCAUCAACCUCGCUUUGACCAUCUGGAUCCUCAAAGUCAUGAGCUUCUCAACAGACGGUAUGGGCAAUUUAAGAAUCACAGAGAAGGGCCUGAAGCUCGAAGGGGACUCCGAAUUCCUCCAACCUCUGUAUGCCAAAAAAAUCGAGUCCAGACCAGGCACCCCUCUGUUCCUCCAAUCAUCCAAAAAUGUCUCUGUCAACAUUUUAAAUGGAAAUAAGCAGAUGGUCACGCAACUCGUUGCAGGGUCUAAGGGAGUGGUGGCUCAGGGGAAGAUGCUGGAGGUCCGGUCCAACACGGGGAAGCUGCUCUUCUCCGCAGACGACCACGAAGUAGUGGUGGGGUCUGAGCGGUUACGAGUUAUGGGAGCUGAGGGAGCGGUGUUCACCGGUUCCAUAGAAACUCCUCACGUCCGAGCCGAACCGUUUAAAGAGCUGCGGCUGGAGUCCCCGACCCGCUCCCUGUUCAUGGAGGCCCCUAAAGGGGUGCAGCUCCUGGCGGAGGUGGGGGACAUCCAGGCCAUAUGCAAGAACGAGCUGCGCCUGGAGUCCAAGGAUGGAGAGAUCAUCCUGGACGCCCGUGAGAUUCGGCUGCUCAGACUGCCGGAGGGGAAGGCCUCCGUGACCGCGUCCCGGCAGACCGUGUUCGAGGUGUGCGUGUGCUCCAACGGGAAGCUCUUCCUCUCCCAGGCCGGGACGGGCUCCACCUGCCAGAUCAACAACAGCGUUUGCCUCUAGAGGGCAGCAGCAAACCGGCACCCGUUCCGGCAGGAGCUGAGGGGAGGAGCCUCGGCGGUUGCUAAGAGACACUCUGAGUGACAGCUUUUCUCCCCCCGAACCGACCUGAGAUCAGUUUCAGCACCAGAACGACUAGGGUGAUCACCGUGUCGCUAUAGUUACGAAUCACACACACCGUGCACAUGCACACCCCUGCCCCGCCCCCGCCCCCUCCCCCCCCCCCCGAGAACACGCCGGAACACCCUUCCGACGAGAGGUUACUCUUUCAUUUCCUCCUGUGCAGAAGGGGCGAAUAUUUCUUCCUUCUUAAUCUGAUUUAUUUGUCAUGGACUUUUUUUUUUUGUUUGUUUUUAUUUGCUUUUAUUUUGACUUUUUUUCCCCUCCCCUGAGAUAACGUUUCUGUGGGUUACCACCUAGGCCACCGUUAACGCCUGUUUUGAAACAUCGUUUAAUAGCUGGAAAACGCAGCAGCGUCGCGGCUAAAUGUUGUUUGUUGUUGUUUCACAGCAGUUGUCGAAGGACAGCUGUGGAACACAGCUGCAGAACUGGGUAAAAAAAAAUUUUCAUAAAAAUCACAGAAUCUUAAAAUGGCGUACGGCUGAACUAGAGUCAAAAUGAACCGACUGAGGCCGUGCAGAUUUAUACACACGUUUAUGUACAAACUCUCCUGAGCUCCCGUAGCGCGUGGUCCUUCCGAAGCGGUCUCCCUGUCCUUCCCCGUACUGGGACAGACCCGAAUCGACCCGCUCUGUUCAAAGAGGGAACAGAACUGAAUCGACCCGCUCUGUUCAAAGAGGGGACAUUGCCUGUGCCUUAUUUCCCUGCACUGGAGGCAAGGAGAAGCACAUUGCCGGCUUUUUGUCAAAGAGUACAUCUUUUUCAUCGGUUUUUUUUUUUUUUUUUUUUUUGUGUGUGCAAAAUUGUCGGAAUGCAAAGAUCUCAGCCCAAACCUCUGUUGUCUGUCACAACUUUUCUAAAGCAUUUUAUUUCCUCCUCUAGUUCGUUCUCCCUCAUUUUCUCCACCUUUUUACGGUGCUCUGAAUUAAACACAGGAGCGAUUCUCAUGAAGGAAGAAAAGGGAGACUUUAAGGGAUUCGUUCGUUGAAGAUUCGUUCAUUUGGCCGCUGAACAGAGCAGCAUCUUUUUUAUACAGUUCAAGUGUAGAUACUCAUAAUCAUAUUUAUGAAUAAACGAAGCUCACUGGAUAUACCGCAUUAUAAUUCCUGACGAGAACAACGUCCCCUUUUUUGAAAAUUAGCUUUUUUUAAAUUGAUGUCAAAGAAAACAAAAAUAAGUGCAUAUAAAUUUGUAACAUAAAUUGUUCUGCAGGUUAGCAUGUACAGUGUUGUAUACGGUGUCUGCCUGUCGAAAUAAAAUGCACUGAUUUUAUUUCACUCACAUUUUUGUAAAAUAGUCGCACCGAAGCGAACGGUGGACAAACAACUGACCGUUUCAUUUUUGUUUUGGGAAAUGAAAAUCUUUGCAUUCCCUGUUCGUUUGUGUGAGUGUGUUCUGCUAAGAGCUUUCAUAUCCAUCACAUUUAUUUUCCUUGUGUUUGGUGCAUUUUUGUAAUACCAUAACAAAAAAAAAAAAACUGCAAACCAAAAACUGGAAGGGCAGGUACGACUGGCCCGUUUGUGAAGGCUACAUGGCAUGCAUGGCGUGUGUGAUCUGAUGCUAACUGGAUUUUUGGAAAUUAUUGGGGUGCCGUGCGAAAAAAAAAAAGUGACUUAAAACUCCACUUUGCCUUUGGCUGCUUUAUUUAAUCUUUUUUAAAAAAAAUAUGUUAUACAAAGAAGCGUUUAAAAUCAUUCGCUGGGAAUCGUUUAUCGGGUAUCACGCAGUUGAUUUUGUGCCAGAGUCAUUACAGCUGUCCGUCUCAGUCACGGUAGUUGUCCUUUUGUCCAGUGGCAGCCAUUUUAUCUGCGAUAUAUUCAUAUACACACUCAAAAAUGUUUUCUUCAUUUCAACAACAUUAUAUAUGGCAGAGCUGUCCCCUUAAAGACGCUUGAGACCAUUUAAUAACCAGCUGUGGAUUUUACAGCCAUUCUCAAUUCAACAUGGCCGAAAGCCCUCAUAUUCACCUGUGGCUUAGUGUUGCUACAACUCUGAACCUGAAUAAUACUUUUAAAUCAUAACACUCACACGUACGCACACAUGUACACACACACAUACACACACACACACACACACACAUACAUACACACACACUCGCAUGCAUUCUCACACAGACGCACACACACACACGCCCUCACACAUACACACUCUGUGCACACAAACACACACACGAGGAUCCGCUUCCUGUAUUGAUGGCUAAUACCACAGAAAAUGUAAUCAAUGGUGGUAAUGAAGCUGCUCGCAGGGACUCUUUGUAUUCAGAGGGAGGGUCCCCUGUGUUUGAUACCGUUUCGAACCGAUUAGAUUUUUACACAAACGUGUUCCCUGAAAAUCAUUAUUGGGUCUUUUCCACGGAGGGUAAAGGCCCUGUCAACAGUGGGCUGUAAUGAGGCCUGUGAACUGUGUAGCAAUGCCAUACAGAAGGGCUGCUUCAACAGUCAAUCUGCUGGCUUUCAGUGGUGAAAGGCAGUCGUUUCUUUUCCUGGGUAAAUACACUUUUUUUUUUGCUGUGUUUCGAUGGAAAAGCCGAAUGAAUCAUCUCUGACCGUGGCCUAGUGAACGGCCACCGCAGUGCAACUGGAAAAGUUUGUUAUUUCGCUCGCUGGGUGAACGCCUCCAGUAGCCUGCUGGCGUAAAUUUGGCAUGAUCCGUUUCACCGCCACCGUCAGGACGGAGGCGAAACGAGAAAUACUUUGUGAAUUGUUUUUAAAAGGCAGAAUGGCAUUGCUGUGUGUCAUAGAGGAAGCCCCCAGACUUAAUUAAAUGUGUUUUAUGGGUAACGGCCUGAUUGGUGCAGAUUUGCCCAGAAGGAGUCGUAGCGAGUUCGCUCACCCACAGACUGACAGGAUGUCUGAGCAGGAUAGCCAUCGCUGUGUCCCUGUAGGCAGCCGCAGAGUCUGCUCGUCAGUCACGCAGAGGACGGCUGUCAUAAAUACCAUCCUGUGUGUUCGCUGACUCCUCAAGGAUCCAGCUACGUGCAGAUGUUUUUUUUGCUAGGCCUCUAAUAUGUUGGAUAACUUGCAUUAUCGCUUCCACCUGCUUUAUUUCAUUAAAGGUCAAUUUUAUUUCAUGUCUGUCGAGUGUUUCUAAAAAUAAUAAAACUUAGCAUGAUGGUUUUGUUUCGCGAGUUCACGUGUGUGAGAAAAAGUGUGGUGGCUUUGUGCGUUCCAGGCUUCACAAAAAUGUGUUACGUCAUGUGCCAAGGCAUUUAUUUCUUUCCUUCUUUCGCAUUUUAGUUUAUAGACAAGGAGCACAAAAAUGUAAAGAAUAUGUAAAUAAUCUUUUUUUUUUUUUUUUUUUUUUUUUUAAAGAUUUCACCCAGAAUGCACUUUGACCCCUGGCUCCAGGUGUGAGAUUGCAUGCCAUUCUGUCACAUGUACAAAAUUAAUGUAAAUAAAAUCCAACAAUUUGGUACAAUGAA